AUGUCUUUUUACAAAGAGUUGAAUAACUUGAGCACAGCUGAUUUUUAUGAAUAUUCAACGAGGACCAAUAUUAAAAGAAAGGCCGUAAAGUCAUCGCGUGAGUUGUUCGAGGUCGAGCGGGUAAUUUCGCGAAGAAAUCGACGAGGAAAGGUAAAUUUAUACGUUUGUAAAUUUAUAUGCUUCUGUUCACUAACUAUACUCCCAUAUUUCGUCGGCAAUCUCUGGUGACAAAUGUGUUUUAUCAAAUAUAUAAACGCUCGAAUAUAUUGAUAUUGUAUUACAGGCAGAUUAUUAUGUAAAAUGGAAAAAUUAUUCCAGCCUGGAAAACACUUGGGAGCCAGAGGAGAACCUGAAUGCUGCUGCAAUAAGGUAACAUUGAUUUGUUUUAAAGUAACUUUAGCUGUUAGCACGACUAUAAACAUUGUAGGCAAAUAAGAAUUUGUUGUUUUUAUAUAGACUAGCUUUGUGCUAGUUAGACUGUUGGUUAAGCUCAACCUCAUUCCCAUGGUCUUUCUUCUUGAAAGGGAUGCAUGUAUUCUUAAAAUGUAUUUAAUAUUUUGUCUUUCACUUCAGAGCUUUUGAAAACCCAGCACCGGCAGAGAAUAUGAUUCAGGAUGCAAGGGAUUCUUUGGCAUGCGGCAUCCUGGAACAACUGAAAUAA